ACCGUUUCACUCUACUGAAAAACAUGUUAACGUUUACAUAAUGACACCCCUGUUGCACCCCACCCCUGUAUGUGAAAUGGAACAACCUAUAUACAUGUCAAGUCAAUAUUUACAUUUGGGGCCACACAUGUUUUAUAUUUGAGUGUUAAUUUAAUGCAGGGCAAUGAAAAAAGCUUCAAUAGAUCGACCCAUUUUCUUUUACUUUCCCACAUCCUUUUCAUCACAAAAGGUUCUGUUUGCCCUAAAUGAAAAGGAUGUAGUUGUGAAGAAGAAAUUGGUCAGCCUGUCAUCUGGCCAACAAAACGAAUCCUGGUAUGUGAGACUGAAUCCCGAUGGCUAUCACACGCCUGUUCUUAAGCAUGGAGAGAAAGUCAUCGUGGAGCCUGAUGAUAUCAUAGACUACAUCAGCCAGAUAACACAGGGUGCUGGAGGUCAUCCAUUAGUACCUAGCUUGGACUCAGAACUUGGUAAAAAUGUCCAGCGGAUGCGGAAAAAACUGGACAGUAUACCAGUGGACAUCCUCACAUACGGGGUCAUCUACCAUCCACAUCUGUCCACAACUGGCUGUCUCAUACCCUACGCCAUGCAGCGCUCUAUGAAAGAGAACUUUGAGAAGAGGUUAAGUCUCUUGAUCGAGCUGGCCACUCGGCACCCUGAGCUGCGUGACAGCUACUUGAACAAGUCGCAGCUGGCGGCCUCCAACUUCGAUACGAUCACCGACGUGGACCGGGUCAAGGCACAGUUGGAUGACCUCAUGAACUUCUUUGCUGAAGUGGAGGAACAGCUAAGAAAGAUCAGAGAAGAGGGAAGCUUCAUAUCGGAUGAGUUGUGGUUGUUUGGGCCGAUGUUCACGGCAGCAGACAUUGGUCUUGCGGUCCUCCUACACCGGCUCACACUACUCGGGCUCGCACGACGAUUCUUCCCUCCCGACAGGUGCCCCUGCAUUCACCAGUACUUCUACCAGGUGCAGAAACGACCGGCGUUCCAGAAAAUACAGCACGAGAUAGGGAUGUUGAGGCUGACCUUGGCCUUGCAGACUUUGAAAGCAGCUUCCCCGUAUUUACUUGCUUUGGGUAUAGUAGGAGCGGGAAUAGGGGCUGGAUAUUAUGUGUACAAAAAGAUUAAUGAAUCUGAGUAAACCUGUGAUUUUAGGAUCUUUUUAAAUAGGUGUUGUUUCAGUGAUUUUUUUCCGCCUAAAAGUACAGCCUCUUACAGGCUGUUUCCCAAUUGCAAAAAAUACAAAAAGUAUGUUUCCCAAUCGCAAAAAGUAACAUUUUCCCCCAAAUUUGACCGAACUUUCCAAAACAUACAUGUAUGCCAAACUUUUCCAAUUAACUAAAUAAUUGGUUUAUUGAGUUUUUUAUACUGCAAUUUAAGUCUCUAGCACCUUUUAAUAUACACCUGAAAAUGUUAGAAAGCAGUUAAACAUGCACUUAUAAACAGUUGGUAUACUGUUAUUUUUAAUCAUAUUAAUAAUGUUUAAAGUUUUCCCAAUUUCAUGGUUAAUCAAGCUUUUUAUCUGUAUAAAUAUGGCACAGGCUGUAAAAUAUAAAGCAACAAAAAUCACUAUGUUUUUUUUAUUGCUUAGGUAAUUUGCUUAUUGUUUAUCGCUGGACCAUUUGACUGUUAAGAUACUUGUAGUCAGUUUACUUGUCUUGUUUUGAUAUGUUAUCAGUGAUAUGUAAACAAUACAUUACCAUAGCAACUGUGAUGGUCAUUUUGAGUACCGGUACCAGUGUUUCAAAUGGAAAAUUACAAGACUAUUGAAAUACCAGUUUUAAUCUGUCGUUGAAUUCAUAGGAAAACAUAACAAAUAACAUUUUAGUAAAUGUACGGUGGUACCGUACCUUCUAUUUAGCGAAUCUCUUAUAUAUAACCAAUAAUAUUAACAGUUAUAUUUUGCUCAUCCUGAGUGCAUGCUACAUAUAGACAUUAAAGACUGUUUAUAAUGAAUGAUUUUAUGUUCAAAAGAACACGUUUUACUCUGUCACUUUAAAAGCAUUUAAACAAAUGUAGAUUUUUACAUUUUGUAUAUAGACCCAUCUCUUAACGGGAUUUGUUAUGGGAACACCCUUGGAAGGCAGAUGGAUAGGUUGCUGCUUUCCUUUCUCUUCAUGAUACAGUUUUCAUAGAAUCAUCACCAAAUAAAACCAACCUGUCCCACCAGGAAUUUUAGACAUAUUCAUUUAUUGCCAAUGUUUUAUAAAAAAGCAAAAUUCUCUGUUUCAGCUCUGGUAACUCAUUCUCCUUUCAUCAAAUCUUCACAAAACUAUCCAGAUAUGGGGUCCAUUUUUUACUACGAGAGAAUAUUUCUGUCCAUGACCUUAAACCUAUUUAUUUUAGCUCUAUGGCAUCGAAAGCCUCGGGUUUAUGGAAACGCUCUAGAGUCCGUUUCCUGGGCCUAGAACCAGUAAUUGGUGUCUAAAGGGAGAUCUAAACUUUAAAAAAUGCUACCACAGUAGGGAUCGAACCAGUGACCUCCCGGUCACUAUCCAAUACGCCAUUGGGACCUUUUAUCUUAUGACCUCAUGACGUUAUUAAUGAUGAUGAUCCCUGGAUCCCUAUGUUAAGUGUCCUGGUUUCUGAUUGUGAAAUCAUGAUGAAUUGUGUGAAAUCAUGAUUCAUUUCGCGAAAUCAUGAUGAAUUGUGUGAGAUUGUGUUACAAACUGAAAACUACAAUUGUAUAUAAGCUGAACUGUUAUUCAUAAGUAUGAAUGAAAAAUAUUUGUCGCAGAACUUUUUGUGCAAUGUUCAUGGAUGGCUAUUGAAAUUGUAAAAUCAUUAUUGGUGUGCAAAAGUUUUCUUUGAUUUUGGGGUUUACGGAUCCACAAAUUCAACACAGACACAUUCGAAAAUGACUGAUUACAGAUUUGACAAUGCCACAUUUGUGUUUUUGCAUAAUUUUAAAUCCAUGAAGUAACGAACCGAUGAUGGUCUUUUAACCACCCAAUUUCUUGCACCAGAAUAUGUAUGAUUUUACAGUAUAUCAGGUAGAGAAAAAAGCAUUCAGAGUAAUUUUAGUAUUAAAAAAUAAUUGAACCUUGGAUUUUAGUGUAAUUGUGUUCGAAAGUAUAUGAGUCGUGUUCUGAGAAAACUGGGCAUAAUGCUUGUGCGUUAAGUGUCAUCCAAGAUUAGCCUGUGCAGUCCACACAGGCUAAUCAGGCAUGCCACUUUCCGCUUUUAUGAUAUCUUUUGUUUAAAUGAAGUCUCUUCUUAGCAAAAAUCAAAUUUAGGCGGAAAGUGUCGUGCCUGAUUAGCCUGUGUGGACUGCACAGGCUAAUCUGGGAUGACACUUUACACACAUGCAUUAUGCCCAGUUUUCUCAGAACAGACUCAUGUUAUUUUACUUUUUUGACCACUUCAGUGACUUUUACUAACAAUAGGGACAUUGAUGAUUGUUUAUCAAUUAAUCUGUAAAGGCCUUUUCUUAGUACUCAUGUGGGAGUUGUCAUCGAGACUAUGGUAUAUUUAUAUGGUGAAUUUAAAUGGAAUAAUUGUUAGAUAUAUUUUUUCAGUAUAUGUGCUGUUCUUCUUUUACCAUUAAAUAGAUAAUUUGACUUUUUAUGCCCCCUUUCGGAGAAAAGGGGGUAUAUAGUUUUGGCACUGUCUGUCAGUCAGUCUGUCUGUCAGUCUGUCACACUUUUCGUGUCCACUCUCUAACUCAAAUAGUUUUCAUCCGAUCUUUACGAAACUUGGUCAGAAGCUGAUCUAGACAAUAUCUACGUCAAGUUCGAAUAUGGGUCAUGCCGGGUCUAAAACUAAGUCACGGGGUCAAAAAAACAAAUCCAAGGAAAGUAAUAAGCUUUAAAUAGACAUAAUUGUCUGACCUGCCAAAUUAUUUAUUUUUGUUAAAUAAAUCAAAGCAGCGCAGUAGGCGGCAUUGUGUUUCUGACAAACACAUCGUGGUAAAAGGUCACGGUCAAGGUCAUCCUUCAAGGUCUAAGGUAAAAAAUACAAAUCCAAGGGAAGUAAUAAGCUUUAAAGGGAGAUAAUUAUUCAAUAUUGAACACAGCAACUUGAUAUUUGGCAAGCAUGUGUAUCUCAUGGAGCUGCACAUUUUGAGUGGUGAAUCUACAGUCACGGUAGUAGCUUUUAAUUAUUUGCUACUAAAAAUAGAGAUUUGUUAGAGACAAUUAUUUUCAAGGGAAGUAAUUUAUACAAUUAUAAAUCUCAGAUUAUAUAUUUCCUUACCAAGAAUUUAAGUUCUUUUCACAGUUACUGUUAAGAUUUUUAUUUUUAUUUUUUAUAACCCAAAUGAUUAUUUGUCAAAGGUUGUUUUUUUAAUGAUAUAAUUAUCAUUUCUUUCCUGUAAUUAUUUGUGAAUGGUAGGGUUCAUUGCAUACCUGUGGACUUAUGUCCAUAGAUACAUGUUGAACUUUGGCUAUGAUCUCUUUGAUAAACCACAGGCCUUGGUUGUCAAUGAUGUCUGACUUGGUCAUUUUUUACUGUCUACAGACCCCCCCCCCAGUUGGAUUGGACAAAAUCCAAGAGAAGUAAUAAGCUUUAAAGGGAGAUGAUUUCUAUACCUGCCAAAUGAUAAAUAUAAUUUUUAUUUCAAAGCGGUGCAGUAGGGGGCAUUGUGUUUCUGACGAACACAUCUCUUGUUAAAAUAUAGAACUCUUUACUACUAAGUUGGAAAAACAAAAUUAUUAUAGUCUAAAAUUUAUUUAAAUACAUAAAAAUCAAUACUUAUGUAAUAAUUAGUUUUUAAUUUCGCCUGAGCAAGAAAAAAAAUCAUAUUUAUAUUUUGUAUAUCUGAGGAAGACUUUUCAUUCUUUUAUCUUUUGAAAUUGUAAGAUUUUCUUUUCUAGAGCAAUUUAAAUUCAUUUAUAUUUUGGAUUCAGUGUUGUGAC